GAAAUGUGUUUGUGCAAGUCAGCUGUACUUUGCCCUUCCCCUUUUUUCAAAGAAAUAUUUGUUCCAGGAAACCUAAUUAGCUUUUUUUGGUGUAGGCCUUUGUGAAGGCCAGUUCAGCUGUGAAGCAGUUACACUUAAGAUUAAAAUGUUUACAGCAAAGCAUAUGUAUUAAUACAUUAACCAACAGUUGCUCUUAUGGCAGAACUAGGGCAGAGGUUUUUCUCUAAUCAGUGGCGAACUUCAGACCGGCUUGACGUGUUCUGCCAGAAAGGAGGACUGGAACCUUCUGGGUGGAACAUCCUGAUCCACGUCAACAGGUUUCACAACAAACAGUUCCAAGUUUCAGCUGACCUUUAUACCAUGGAACUGGUGAAACACUCAGGCAGCUGCCACUGUGGGGCUGUCAGAUUUGAAGUUUGGAGUUCUCCGGAUCUCCACGUCUUUCAUUGCAACUGCAGCAUUUGUACCAAAAAACAAAACCACCAUUUUAUCGUCCCCAAAGAUAACUUUAAACUUUUACAGGGGAAGGAAAAUCUGACGACAUACACCUUUAACACUCGUGCUGCCAAACAUACCUUCUGUAAAACCUGUGGAGUUCAAAGUUUCUACACGCCGCGCUCCAACCCCGAUGGCUAUGGUGUUGCUCCCCAUUGUCUGGAUCCAGGUAGCGUGCGCAGUGUGACGGUGGAGAGGUUUUGUGGUGAAAAGUGGGAGGAGAGCAUGGAAGCACACAAGACUAUCCGAGACAUGUCCAAACCCAACGAGGAUGUGCAGCAGAAAGAGUAGACCCACAACAAAGGCGUUUAUUUGGUUCAAUCUGUAGUUAGUGUUAUUUUACACAAACACAACAGUCAUUCGUGUUUUAAAAAAAAACUGUAAACAUGUUUUACAUCAUAAAGAAUAAAAAUAUAUAUACAAAUAUAUAUACAUAUCAAAAAACAGUGUAAAAUCUGUCUUUUCAGAGCAGCCAGGCAGUAGAUUUCAACUUUAACGUAACACAGAGGUGAGCUUUUAAUAAAUUUUGGUGAUCUUUGGUCCCCGUGGAAUCACCAGGAAUGUGUUUACAAACAUGUAGCGUGAGAAGACGAUGUAGAGGCGGCGAAACCACAAGAGCUGAGAGCCAUGACACAGCAUGGCGGCCUGGGAGAGAGCAUGAUAAACCCCAUUUAAACCCUGGACUCCUCACUUCUUCAGCACAAACACACCAUAAUCUCAUUACAUCUCGCUCUUUAAGAGUCAACAGGCUGCUUACUUUGGCUUGUUUGUAUCCCUGUGAGCCAACAAGGACGCAGAAGUGUGAUGGCAGUAGCCAGCUGAGGGGAAGCUCCAGGAAGGAGAAGUACUUCCUGAGAAGGCCAACAGUCACCAGCGAGAGAAAGGUGCAUUCUGGGAGUGAAGACAGAAGCAAUGUUCAUUGUCCUGUAAAGUUGAUGCUCAGCUAAAUAAAUGAAUACUAAAAAGGACACAGAAAGGGGAAGAGAACAAUAACAUACCAUCACAUGAAUGAGCAAUAAAGCAGCUCAUCUUUUUAUUAGGCCUUCAAGAGUUUUGAUGCCACACCUGAAACUAGCUGGAGCUCUGAAUGCCCCAAAGGAGACACCUAAAGAUGUUUAAUCCCACCUUUAAAAGAGCAGCCACUUUAAGGCUGAUAACAAUGAAAUAUCUGUCCUACACAGCAAAGCCGCUUUAAGAUUUAAAUUAAACUAUUUCUGUCUUGUUUUACUGAUAUUAAAGCAAAAGGGAUGUUAUCAA